UACGGCUCUGAAAUGAUGUGGGCUUUUGUAGACGGCGUCCCAUUUUAUAGAAAGAAGAGAUAGAAAGUAACGAUAAAAAAAACUAUUUUUUAAAUGAAAACUACUUCCCGUUUCCACACGGACCCGGAAGUUGUCUUGAUUCCGCGGGUCUUUUGGGACAACACAUAGCUCCGCACAACAGUGUGCAGAAAUGGCGGGAGUUAACACCAUGGAGAAGAAACUGGCUGAAUACAAGUGUGACACAAAUGAAGCAAUAUGCUUGAAGCUAGUUCGCUUCCCUGAAGAUGUUGAAGAUGAGGGCACCACAUUUCACCCUGAAUACAGCCACCAACUGUUUGGAGAUGAUGAGGUCGCUUUUGGAUACAAAGGUCUCCAGAUACAGCUCUUCUACACUGCAGGAAACCUGGGCACCCUGUUCAAAGUGAAAUACUCCUCAAAAGUCACUGAGAUGUUUGACUGUGUGGAGUCUGAUGAUGUUGAAGGGAAGAUUCGGGAAAUCAUCCCAGCAGGGUUCACCUGCAACACUGACGACUUCAUCUCACUCCUGGAGAAAGAGGCCAAUUUCAAGCCUUUCGGCACGCUGCUUCACACGUACACGGUCCACAGUGAGGAGGCUGGAGAACUCACUUACCAGAUCCAUAAGGCUGAUAUCACCUGCCCAGGAUUCCAAGAGUACCACGAGCGCCUGCAGACCUUCCUCAUGUGGUUCAUUGAGACAGCCAGCUUCAUCGACAUAGACGACGAUCGCUGGGAUUUCUUUCUUGUAUUUGAAAAGUACAAUAAAGAUGGGGAGACUCUCUACGCAACUGUUGGCUACAUGACAGUUUAUAAUUACUACGUGUACCCAGACAAAACCCGACCACGUGUAAGCCAAAUGUUGAUCCUGCCUCCGUUUCAAGGAGAAGGUCAUGGAGCUCAGCUUCUUGAGGCUGUUCACAGGUUUUACUGCAGCCUGCCUAAAGUGCAAGACAUCACAGCUGAAGACCCCUCUGAAAGCUAUGUGAAGCUCAGAGACUACGUGUUGGUCAAGCUGUGUCAAGGCCUGCCCUCUUUUGCUGCAGACAAGCUGCACCUCGGCUUCUCCGCUGACAUGGUCAAAGAAUCACAAGAGAAGUUGAAAAUAAACAAGAAACAUGCAAGGAGAGUGUAUGAAAUCCUGCGUCUGAGAGCAACAGACAUGAGUGAUGAAGAAAAGGCGAGAGAAUACCGCCUGGAGGUGAAGAGGAGGCUAUUUUUACCAUAUAGGAAGAAUCAGAGGGAGCUGGCCAAGAUGAAGAAGUGCCUGCGGCCGGAGGAGCUGGUGUCCCACAUGGGUCAGAUGGACACUCAGACGCAACACGAGGAGCUGGAGAAGAGCUAUCAGGUCGCCGUGGAAGACUACAGGAGAAUCAUUGAGAGGCUUGCUUCACAGGCCUGAUCGGACUCUGGAUUCAUCCUCUCAACAGUACAGGCACUGUCCUGUUUGUACAAAGUCCAAAUCACCGCAGACCUCAGCUGCAACCAAGAAUGAACUAUCCUGAUGUAAAAAGAUCUCUGCUUCAAUAGAAGAGUGUAACAGGUUUACUUUGGCUGAGACAGGUGUGUCAGUGAAACCCAUUUGUUUUACAGCUGAUGUUCAAACAGUAGAUGAGGACGUUGCAGCUGGAGGGUGAGACUUCCUGUUUGUUCUGUGUGUUUAAUCACUUUGUGUGAGAUUAACUGAAAUAUUUCAUGGGUGAUAGGAGGUCCACUGCCCUGCAGAGAAACACUGCUUCUUCUCCAUUAUAGACAUUUUUUUAAGAUCUUUUUGUCUAAACAGUUACCUGUGUGUGUUUUCAAGCACUUCAUACAGACAAUAAAAGAUGGUUUUGUA